AUGCAAAGUUCAGAUACUUCAACAGAUUACCAUGCAGCUCCAAGAACUAGAAUCCCAGCUUUUACCGGUGGAUUCAUGGCUGAUUCAAUGUCUCAGGAAGGCAUUUUGCCGCUGCAGACGAUGGUAAUUGGCAAAUUGUUUGCAAGCUCAGUUGGUACUAAUUUGACUCCUCAUAUUAUCACAGUUAAUCCUAGAGAGGAUGUUGCUAUGAAGGUAAUGACAUUUUGUCCACAAGAAGCUAUACGCAUUCUAUAUGCAAGUGGAGUCAUUUCAAGAGCCAUCGUCAAUCGGCCUCAAGCGUCUGGAACAUUAUACAAUUUACAUAUGAGAUCUAGUGGCAUGAAUGUUUCUUUUGUGGAUCUAGAUGGAAAUGUUGUUGGUGGUCGCGUAGCUGGUCCAUUGGUGGUUGCAAGUCCUGCAGCUGUAAUGGUAGUUACUUUUCUUGCAAGUGAACAACAUGAGCAGAAGCUAAACACACAGAAGAAUGAGGUAAUUUCAACAGUAACGCCAACUGUAGCUGCUCGCAUGUCUUCUGCUGGUCCAAUGCUUAAUAAUUUGUCAUCUUCAUCUUGCUUCCAUGGAGAUAAUCAGUAUAGAAUCCCUCCCAGCAGUGGCAGAUACUAG